GAAACAUAUAAUUAAAAACAAAAUCCCUAGAAAAAAUACAGGUUUGAGGAAUGGCUCUAGCUAUGGCUACAACUGCUGGCUUCUGUGGCUCUUCUCAUGCAGUCCUGGCAGGCAGCCUCCAGCUCAGUAGCUCAUCAAGCCACUUGAGCAUGCCUAAAACAAAUAGAAUUGCCUUUGCUGAACCAGGUCCGAGAGUUCGAGCCCAGCAGCAGACCUCAGCUGAGACUGAGACCGGCCGCCGAGCCAUGUUGGGGCUUCUUGCUGCUGGGAUGGCCUCAGGGUCAUAUGUUCAGACCGUGCUAGCCGAAUCCAUCUCUACCUUGCCGACAGUCCCUGACAAAAUGCGUAGAAAAAUCAUAGUCGCUGGAAUCCCCGGUUUAUUAUCUGAAAAAUCUGACAGCCAGGGCCUCAUCCGUGCCGCCGCGAACCUCCGUAUUGACGGAUUGGUGCUAUUACCCGUAGACAUAACAAAGCUACCACUUAUCAACGUAGAGGAUCAUCCCAACCUCCCAUUCGAAGUGCAGGCUUUCAUGGACCAGAUUCUUCUUGCUGAUGCUAUACUCUUCUCUGCGCCUGAGUACAAUUACUCCGUCACUCCUAUUACUAAAAACGCAAUUGAUUGGUUAUCCCUGAGGCCAGAAACUCUGGCUGGUAAAACUGCUGCAAUCAUCAGCACGGGAUGGGAUUUUGGUGGGGGCAGAAUGCAAUAUCAUCUCCGCCAGAUUGGGGUUAGACCUGAUUUGCAUUUCAUCAAUAAGCCAGAGGUAUUCGUGAGUACAACUGUCGAUGCACAAAACCCUCCAAAGUUUGAUGCCAAUGGCGACUUGAUUGAUGAUAACGUCAGGGCACAGUUGCAGCAACUUCUCAUAUCCUUGCGAGAUUUUACAGUACCAUUAAAGUACUGUAGCAACAAGAACAGGGACAGUGGUAUUCUCCCAUGAUCUCGCAACCUCGUUGUUCUGGGACUUGAAGAAUGAACACGAACUACUUUGUGAUUGUGCAACUUUAAGAAUAAAAAAUGGCAUAAAGCGGAAGUUGCUUUGAUCAGAAAUUAUGUAAUUUGGAGUCAUGUACUCUUUUUCUCAAUAAUGUUACAUAUAUGUGCCACCCAAUUUCGUUUCCUUUGAAA